CACACUCAUACAAUCACGCACACGGUCAGACCGCCGCGCGCUCACACUCCUCACACUCUCCGGAACUAGUUGUUGGAGCGGAGCGCAGCGGCACCUCGUCACGCACAGAGCCGAGCACCAGCUGGGGACGUUUCCACCUGUGCGCCGCCGCCGGGACCAACUCACAAGGAUUGCUUUAAAAGAUUUUGUAUUAUAUCCCACAUUCAUUUCGGCGUUUUGAGUCCGUCUGUAGUGCGCAGUGUCGGGACACUUGUCAGUAGUCGGACCCCUGCUCUGCUCCGUGCUGCAGAACAGACAAGUUGUGUGUUUUCACGCCUGUGAAGCGGCGGUUUCGAGCUGAACACUCGCACCCGGAGAGACGAGCCCGGCUCCACACAGAGGACCGGAGUCAGCCAUGGCGAGACUUGACGCCCGAAAUUGGCACGACCUCGCCAGCAUGAUGGGACUGCUCUGCCUGGUCGCGUCGAUACUCGCAGGACACGGAGCGGCAGGUCAGCGAGUGAAGGUGGAGGCGGAGGUGUUGUCGUAUCCUGGCCAGACGGUGAACCUGCGCUGUGCCUUCACUGAUGCCACUGGGAUUCAGCUCACAAUGGUUACUUGGAUCUACGAGUCGAAGGAGGGCGAGAGGAUCAACAUCGCCGUGUUUCACCCCAACUUUGCUCCCAACUACCCCGAAUCGCCCAUGAAGGGCAGGGUCAGCUUCUCACCCAGCCCCCCGAAUCUGGCCAGCCCUUCCAUCCAGAUCAGCGAAGUGAGGAUGACGGAUGAGGGGAGGUACAUCUGUGAAUAUGCCACCUACCCAAUUGGCAACGAGCAGGGCAUCACCUAUCUGGUCAUGCUGGCUAAGCCUCAGAACUCGGCCUCCAUCGUGACAGUGGAGGCGGGCACUAAGCCGGUGGUGGUGGCGCGCUGCGAGUCCGUAGAUGGCCGACCCGCUUCCCAGAUCUCCUGGGUGACCACGGCCAACGGCAAUGGGACGUCGGUGUCGAAAGAUGGCACGGACAACACGGUGACGAUGAUCAGCGAGUACAUCAUGGUUCCCAAGGCCGCAGACAACGGGAAGGACAUCAGUUGUGUCGUGAACCACCGGACACAGGUUAAAGCAGAGAGCUUCCCGCUGAAGCUUGCAGUCCAAUACCCCCCUAAGGUGACAAUCGAGGGUUAUGACAAUAAUUGGUACAUGGGUCGUACAAACGUGGUGCUCACCUGCCAAGCUUCCGCCAACCCCAUUCCGAUCUCUGUGCUGUGGAAGACGAUGUCAGGAGUGAUGCCAGACACGGUGCAGAUCACUGACAACAAGCUGAAGGUGCUCAAGGUGGACGAGGCUGUCAACACAACUUUUGUCUGCGAGGUCAAGAACCGCAUUGGGACCACGAGGGAUCAGAUCACAGCCAACGUCCGAGAGCCCACAGUGAACCCAUCCAAUGCCGGUGUGGUGGCGGGAGCUGUGAUUGGCUCCCUGCUGGCCCUCCUUUUGGUCGCCGCUCUCAUUGCCGUGCUCGUCACCCGUAGCCGCAGGCAGCAGCAGGGCUACCGGGCCAAUGGCGGCGGUGACAUGAAGACACGCAUGUUUGGCGGAGGCAAGAAGGCCAGCAAGAAUGGCACGGGUGGAGGUGCGGGGCCCGGCGGCGUGGGGGGCGGGAACAACAACGGGCCCAUCUAUGUUUACAACGAGAGCUCGUCCCACCAGGCCCACGGUGAGAAAAACAACCACCACCAGCCCCUCACCACACCCACCGCCCAAGACAUCCUGUUGAGCAAUGAAUUGGAUGACGCGGAGAGGAGGAAGUUUGAUGAGCUGGAGGAGGAGGAGAGGUAUGACAACUUCACCGGAGGGGCCCCCAUCCUUCAGCUCCGCCCACCCAACGACCAGGACGAUAUAAUCGGAGAUUACAUGGAUGACGACAUGGAGUCCCAGCGGGAUGGCUCCGUCAUCUCACGGACUGCAGUUUACGUAUAGAGGAGCAGGAGGAGGAGAUGGAAAAGGAGAAAAAAGAAGUGAUGGAGGAUCCCUCCCGAAGAUGUUGUGGUUUCAGGAUUCCUGUCUGAUAGAAACGAGAAAAUGAUUCCACUUUUAUUUUUGAAAAUUGAUUUUAAAUAUGUCUUGUUAUUAAUCACAGCGCAGCCCCAGAACGAACUGAAUGAACGGGGGGGGGGGGGAUGUUGUAAAAAGGAGUGUUGCUGAUGUCUGGUCCCUGAGAGCAGAAAAUCAAACAGAAAAGAAACAACCUGUCUCCCACCACUUCUGCUCAUCGCUCUCACUGGGACACUGACAAGGACCCUCAACAGACUGAAGGAGUGAAACUGUGUAGUGUAGGAGGAGAAUAAUGGAAUCAUGAUACGAGCUUUGCUAUAGAGGAGGCAUCGCACAUGCAUAUUCACUCUUAUCUUCACCGAAACCUUAGAAGGGGUUGUCAGGCACUUCAGCUUUGCUAUUCCCAGUCCUCCUGUGGGAACCCUUUUUGUUUUGGCAAUACGUUAUGCUCUGACAGCUGGUUGGUAGUUAGUAGCUAGUGAUGGGUUUGUGGGAAAAACAUCUAAAGGUUUAGACAAUAACCAUCAAGUGAUUUUAGAGAAGAAAAUGUGUUUCUCACGUCUGCUGGCGAGUUUUCCUUUCCACUCUCUCUCCACCUUCCUCUCAAACUUAAAAAAAAGAAAUAAAAACAACGGCAAACCAUCCAUCACAGUAGACACUUGAAUCACACAAUUAAAAAAAUCAUGUUUGACCCUUAAUUGCUGCACAAAUGCACUGGCUUGGGAUUCAGACAAAGUGAGUUUGUAGAGUUGGAACCAUGUUCUUAACAAGGUAUUCAAAUGCAAACUUUUGUGCCGUGCCUGGAGGUAAAAGAUGGGAAACCAGAGAUGAGGGAGUGAGAUGUAGCCAAUGUGACAGGGUCAAGGGAUGGAGAGAGGGAUGCAAGAGGACUAGAGAGGAGCACGUCUCUUCUCUUUCUCGUCCUCCUCGUCCCCGUCUCUUCGGAGCGCUCCUGACAGGAGGGGCUUGAUUGGUAAUGAGCCGUGAAGUCGCUCGCUUAGCCGGGACCAACAGAUUGCCACCACUUAGCGUUUAUGACGUGGUGAUUGCACCCUCCUCCCAUCUCCAUCUCUCUAUCAUCCCUCCAUCGCUCCCUCCCUUCACCCCUCUCUCCCAGUGUUUACGGGGAGUUUCUGAUUUAUCCGGGGCAGUGUCGAGGUCAGGGCCACAGAGACCAGGGAAGUAUUUUACUGCUCCUGAUGUGUCAAACGGCCCACUUACUCCAUUCCUGCCCAGCCUGCCCUGACAUGCCAGGACUGACAAAUCCACCUGGAGUUGCCAUGUUCACUCCACCGCACCAACUCUUACCACCUCCUCCUAUAAGAGGAGUGCUUAUAACCCCGCCCCCCCCCCAAAAAAAAGUGUGAGCCCGUCAGCUCCGAUAGAUUUUCAAUGAGGUUGUGUAAUAUUUCUUUCCAUUAGCGGAUGUUGUUAAGUGUAGUGAAUUGAUCGGGAAACAUGAAAGGUUGUGUCCGCACCAAAGCUUCGGGAGUCAUAUUGACUCACAGGCAACAAGCAGCGAACACGUCUUUUACGAUGCAGCUCUGGGGCUGAUUGUUCCCUGACUGUUAAUUUCUCCUUGUAACGAGCCACCUGAGGCCGGCUCAAAGAAACAUUGUGCCGCGGCUGCUGUGUGCGCCGCCGUCUUUGAGGCUCAGUGUGUACACGUGCGUGUGCGUCACUGUAUCUGCCACUCGAUGACUGUGAUGGACAAUCUUGGAGAGAGGCUCCUCUGCAGCUCCUCUAAUCACGCUUUCCCUCGAUCUCUAAUCAACUCCCCUUUGACCCACUGGGAAUUGGGUGGGGGAGCGUGGUCCAGAUGACUGUCCUGACCUCUGCGGAGGCCCAGCAGAGAUCUGGGUUGCCGUGCGCUGCAGGUCAUGGGGUCAAACGCAGGGUGACCCAUUGCCAAGGGCAAGGAUGACUGCACUCGCCCGCAUUUCUUAUCGCGGCUGUUUCUGCCCUUGAACUACAGACGUGAACAGAGUCGGACAGUCCUCGCUUGCCAUUGUGAUGGCUGUUAACCUUUAGAGAGGUGGAGGGAGACUAGGAGGCAGACGACAAAAAUAGAGACAGCGUUUAGUGUUUGAGCAUCGUCUGGCAUAUUGUAAGCCGGUGUGUUCAACAGGAUUAUUGUCUAAUGGCCUUAGUUCCACAUAAACGCAGCUCCUGUCAAACCGGGGUACAGUACGUUUACUGAACACAGGUGAUCUGUCGCAACCACUCAAAAUAAAAAUGCAUUACUUAUUUUUGCACUUGUGUGUGUCACCACUUCAGAGAGUGUAAUGAGGGUAAUACUUGGGGGGGGGAUAAGAAAAAAAAAAUCGUGACAAGGGACAUAACUGCUGUAUGUACAUGUUGGUGUCAGGUAUCUGUGUACUAUAUAUGUAAGCAUUUUUAUUUUUCUCGUGAAAAUGUGGAUAUUUAUGUAAAAUGUAAAUAUCUGAUCAAUGGAGCCGGUGUUGCCAGUGCUGUGGAAGUGGUGAUGAAGAACCCGUAAGGCCACAUGUCUCCGAGGGCAUUCAGAAUGUAACUUUGAAUGGGUACUUCAGCAGUCUGGUUGUUUUUAACACACUGAACUGACUGAGCUUAGUUUACCUGAAGCCUAAAAAUAAUACAUGCUUGUAUAUUUUGUAUGUGCAAGAUGGCAUUGCCUGCAUUUCCACACAAGCACAGUUAUUUUAUUUUUUGUAUGCACAAUUGGCUUCUCCCUCUCCUUGACAGAUGCCCUGCACAAUACAGAAAUACACACAGAAUCAGGUAGACUGUAACCACUCUAGAGAUGGUCUGUUUGUUUUCUCUGUGUGUGUGUGUGUGUGUGUGUGUAGUUGUCAGUGUGUGUUUUCCUGAUGCUCUGGGGCUUUGGGACAUCUCUUUCUCUGCCGUUGGGGCUGUAACCUGAAUAGCCACCCUUUUGUCACCACGGAAACCUGGCAAACUGGGGUUUUAUUGUGCAUUUGGAAGACACACACUCACACACUCUCUCACACACACACACACUGUACAUAUACAUACAUACUGUACACACACAUCCGCAGAAUGCUGAGAAACAUUCGCCCACACCAUAAACCCUCAGUCACUCUCGUUAUGCUCACUCCCACAGACAAACUGUGCAGAAGACACCUCAUACCUGACAACUCUGCCAUCUCCUGACACAAGCCCACACAUAUAGGCACGCAUAGCUGCACACACAGUCACACACAAACUUUUUUUCCCUUCUUGCCCAGUGGCUCCGUCAGGACAUAUACCGUGUCCUGUUAGAGUGGAAAGAAUUGCAGCAUGAUGCGUUCCCCGCUCCGCUGCUCUCCAUUCCCGCAAACAGUCCAACCGCGUUUUCAAAACACUGACCCAGUAGAACAAAGGCUGCCACGUACAUUCAGGGAUGCGCACCUCUCCCCUCCUGUCAGAGAAACCCACUCUUUAGGAAACAGUCUGUCCGUCCCACUUUUGUGCUACACAUGAGAUAUGAGCCACAGCGCUGACCUCCUCCUCCUCCUCCAGGAUUCUUAUUCGGCUCCAAAGUCUGUUUUCAAUUUGUCUCACAGCCACCUGCGGCACCGCGACCACCUCCACACACACACACACACACACACACACUCACUCUUGCCACUAACCUCUGCUCCCAAGUAAAAGUUAUCAGACAAAAUGCUUUUAGAGAAAUCCCAGAUACUGGUCUUGGUUCGAGCACAAGGUUAAUGUGAAACUGUCCAAUCUCUUUCUUUAACCAGAGCCACAUUCUGUUGCUUUUUCUUCGGCUCCACACAUCUGAUGACUAAUCAAAGCCUUAACGUUUCCCGUCUCACUUAUCAAAGAAAACAAAAAGAGAAAAACCUUCCUGUGUACAUAGUAUAAAUAUAUAAAUAUGUAGCAGAGGAAAAUUACUAAUUUAUGGUGUCACGUUUGUGUAUUUCUCAGUGACGGCAAGCAUGAAGAAUUUAUUUUCUCCUAUUACAGUUUCUCCUCUUUUCUGUUAUUUUGCAGUGCUUUAUAAUUUAUGUUUUCUGAGUGCUUUAUUCAUGACUGCUGCGCUGUGAUUGCUGCCAAAACUGGCAAAUGUGCUUCUUCUAUACAAAUGAACUGUACACACGUCGAAAAAAAAGUCUUACCCCAAAAUGUGCUUUUUAUUAUUGACUGCUCAGUGUAAAAGGUGUUUUCUCUUUUUUGUAUCUUUUUUUUAAUUUUAUUUUAAAUUUAUUAUUUGUCCUUUUUAAAAAAGACCGAAUUACAGUUGUUGUCACUAUUUUGUGUCAAGUCUUUCUAUAUUUUUUCGUAUUUGGUUGCUAUUAAAGACUUCUUGAGUUUUGAAAUGUCCAA